AUGAGAGCAGCAGCCCGGGCGCUUGAGCUCUUCCUAGAGUCGCUGUUGAAGAAGGCCUGCCAGGUGACCCAGUCCCGGAACGCCAAGACCAUGACCACAUCCCACCUGAAGCAGUGCAUCGAGCUGGAGCAGCAGUUUGACUUCUUGAAGGACUUGGUGGCAUCUGUUCCCGACAUGCAGGGGGACGGGGAGGACAACCACAUGGAUGGGGACAAGGGCGCCCGCAGGGGCCGGAAACCAGGCAGCGGCGGCCGGAAGAACGGUGGAAUGGGAACGAAAAGCAAGGACAAGAAGCUGUCCGGGACAGACUCGGAGCAGGAGGAUGAAUCUGAGGACACAGAUACUGAUGGGGAAGAGGAGACAUCACAACCCCCACCCCAGGCCAGCCACCCCCCUGCCCACUUUCAGAGCCCCCCGACGCCCUUCCUGCCCUUCGCCUCUACUCUGCCUUUGCCCCCAGCGCCCCCAGGCCCCUCAGCACCUGAUGAAGAGGACGAAGAGGAUUAUGACUCCUAGCGCCUUCUGCCCCCCAGGCCAUAGCCCCUUUUAGUUGGUUUUAGUUGCUCUGGGGGGAAGAGAGAAGGUAGAGCUGUUCUUAAAUUUAUUAAAAAAAAUAAUAAAAGGGAAUCUCAGUGUCUGUUC